GGAAGACAACGCAACCUGCACUCGUAUGUCGAGAUACAGACUGAAACAAAUGGUUAGAAGAACAGGGGGAGAGAGAGAUCGUGAAACAGGGCACAGAAGGUUUUUCAAGUCUGGAUGUGGGAUUUAGCAGCCAAACAAUGACGGGACGAUGUGUGAAGGUGAAGACCGAGGAGCAGAUUGCAGACGAGCAGGCCUGGUAUGGAUCCGAGAAAGUCUGGCUGGUACACAAAGAUGGAUUCUCCCUGGCCACCGUGGUGAAGACAGAGGCCGGCUCUCUGCCAGAGGGAAAGGUGAAAAUCAAACUGGAGCAUGAUGGGACUUUACUGGACGUGGACGAAGACGAUAUAGAAAAGGCUAACCCUCCCUCGUUCGACCGCUCUGAGGACCUGGCCUCUCUGCUCUACCUGAAUGAAUCGAGUGUGAUGCACUGUCUGAGGCAGCGCUACGGAGGAAACCUCAUCCACAGCUACGCCGGGCCCAACACGGUGGUCAUCAACCCCCUCAGCAUGCCCUCCAUGUACUCCGAGAAGGUGAUGCACAUGUUCAAAGGCUGUCGGCGUGAGGACUCAGCUCCCCACAUCUACUCGGUGGCCCAGUCGGCCUACAGGAACCUGCUCACCACCCGUCAGGAUCAGUCCAUCGUGCUGCUGGGAAAGUCUGGCAGCGGCAAAACCACCAACUGCCAGCACCUGGUCCAGUACCUGGUCUCCAUCGCCGGGAGCACGGGCAAAAUCUUCUCUGCUGAGAAGUGGCAGGCCGUCUACACCAUCCUGGAAGCUUUUGGAAACAGCUCCACGUCCAUGAACUCCAACGCCAGCCGCUUCUCCCACGUGGUGUCCCUCGACUUUGACCAGGCGGGGCAGGUGGCGUCCGCCUCCAUCCAGACGAUGCUGCUGGAGAAGCUGAGGGUGAGCAGACGACCUGAGGCCGAGUCCACUUUCAACGUUUUUUACUACAUGAUGGCCGGAGCCGACAGCAGCCUCAGGACCGAGCUGCACUUCAACCACCUGGCUGAGAACAGCGCUUUUGGGAUCCUCCCCCAGUCGAAGCCGGAGGACAAACAGCGUUCCUCUCAACAGUUCACGAAGCUGCAGGCGGCCAUGAAGGUGCUCGGCAUCUCUGCAGAGGAGCAGAAGGCUCUGUGGCUCAUCCUGGGGGCCGUUUACCACCUGGGGGCCGCAGGGGCCACUAAAGACGGAGAUGAAGCGGGUCGUCGUCAGUUUGCGCGUCAUGAAUGGGCUCAGAAGGCGGCUUACCUGCUGGGCUGCACCUUAGAGGAGCUCUCGUCCUCCAUCUUUAAACACAAGGCCAAAGGACUGCAGCACUCCACCUCCUUCAGAGGAGGGUCAGACGAGGCCGGACAAGGGGACGGCACAGGCUCUAAGGUCACAGCUCUGGAGUGUUUGGAGGCCAUGGCAUCUGGACUCUACUCGGAGCUCUUCACUCUCGUCAUCUCCCUCAUCAACAGAGCUCUGAAGUCCAGUCAACACUCGCUCUGCUCCUUGCUCAUCGUGGACACGCCGGGUUUCCAGAACCCUCGUCUGGCUCAGCAGCAGCGAGGAGCCACGUUCGAGGAGCUCUGUCACAACUACACCCAGGAGAGGCUGCAGACGCUGUUCCAGGAACGCACCUUCGUCAAAGAGCUCGACAGAUACAAGGAGGAAAACAUAGAGCUUGCUUUAGAUGACAUAGAGUCCAGUACAUCUCUGUCUGUAGCAGCUAUUGACCAAGCCUCCACACAAGCUCUGGUUCGUACUCUGGCGCGGACGGAUGAGGCGCGGGGUCUUCUCUGGCUGAUGGAGGAGGAGGCGGUUCAGCCUGGAGGUUCAGAGGAGACGAUGCUGGAGAGACUCUUUAGCUACUACGGUUCUGCACAGGGAGACAACAAAGGAGCCAAUCUGCUGCUGCGAGGAGAGAAGCCCCUCCUCUUCCUGCUGGGUCACAGCCAUGGGACGGACUGGGUGGAGUACAACACUCAGGGCUGGCUGAGCCACGCCAAGAACAACCCUGCAGCCCAGAACGCUGCCAUGCUGCUGCAGGACUCCCAGAAGAAGAACAUCAGCGGUCUGUUCAUGGGCCGGGCCAGCGGCGCCACGGUGCUCUCAGGCUCCAUCGCCGGGCUGGAGGGAAGCUCCCAGCUCGCCCUGAGACGAGCCACCAGCAUGAGGAAGACCUUCACCACAGGCGUCGCUGCAGUGAAGAAGAGGAGUCUGUGUAUACAGGUCAAACUACAAGUGGACGCUCUGAUCGACAUGGUGCGUCGCUCCAGGGUUCACUUCGUCCACUGUCUGCUGCCCAAAGCUGAGGCGGUGGGUGGAGGAGGUGAGCCCCGCGUGACCCAUGGAGAAAGCUCCGACUCAGGCCUCAUGACUCUGGACGUGGGUCUCCUAAGAGCUCAGCUCAGAGGGUCCAAACUGCUGGACGCUCUGCGGAUCUACCGACAAGGAUACCCCGACCACAUGGUGUUCUCUGAGUUCAGGAGGAGGUUUGACGUCCUGGCUCCACAUCUGACCAAGAAACAUGGACGUCACUACAUCGUGACGGACGAGAAGAGGGCGGUGGAGGAGCUGCUGGAGUCGCUGGAGCUGGAGAAGAGCAGUCACUACAUGGGGCUGAGCCGGGUGUUCUUCAGAGCUGGGACUCUCUCCAGGCUGGAGGAGCAGCGGGACGUUCAGACCAGGAGGAACAUCUCUCUGUUCCAGGCCGCCUGCAGAGGAUACCUGGCCCGACAGGCCUUCAAGAAGAGGAAGAUCCAGGAUCUUGCCAUCCGCUGCAUCCAGAAGAACAUAAAGAAGAACCGCGGCGUCAAAGGCUGGCCGUGGUGGAAGCUGUUCACCACCGUCAGACCUCUGAUCGAGGUGCAGCUCACUGAGGAGCAGAUCCGCGGCAAGGACGAAGAGAUCCAGAUGCUGAAGCAGAAACUUGACAAGGUGGAGAAAGAGCGGAACGAGCUGAGACUGAACACCGAUCGACUUGAGAGUCGGAUCUCAGAGCUGUCGUCGGAGCUGUCCGAUGAGAGAAACACCGGGGAGUCGGCCUCCCAGCUGCUGGAGACGGAAACCUCUGAGAGACUCCGCCUGGAGAAGGAUAUGAAGGAACUUCAGGCGAAGUUUGACAGCACGGCGAAACAGAUGGAGUCCAUGGAGAUGGAGGUGAUGGAGGCCCGACUCAUCCGGGCGUCCGAGCUCAACGGAGAGAUGGACGACGACGACACAGGAGGAGAAUGGAGGCUGAAGUACGAACGAGCCAUCAGAGAGAUCGAGUUCACCAAGAAGAGGCUGCAGCAGGAGUUUGAUGACAAGCUGGAGGUGGAGCAGCAGAACAAACGGCAGCUGGAGAGGAGGAUCAGCGACCUGCAGGCCGAUAACGAGGAGUCUCAGAGAAACGUCCAGCAGCUGAAGAAGAAAACCCAACGACUGACGUCUGAGCUGCAGGACACCAAACUCCAUCUGGAGGGCCAACAGAGCCGCAACCACGACCUGGAGAAGAAGCAGAGGAAGUUUGACAGCGAGCUGAGUGCGGCGCAGGAGGAGGUGCAGAGGGAGAGGAGCCUGAGGGAGAAACUGGCCCGAGAGAAAGACAUGCUGAGCGGGGACGCCUUCAGCCUCCGACAGCAGCUGGAGGACAAAGACCUGGAGGUGUGUGCGGUCAACCUGAAGGUGGACCAGCUGGAGGCCGAGCUGCAGGACCUCAACUCCCAGGAGUACAAGGAUGAGGCGUCGCUGGCCAAGGUGAGGAAGCAGCUUAGGGACAUUGAAGCCAAGGUGAAGGACCAGGAGGAGGAGCUGGACGAGCAGGCCGGCACCAUCCAGAUGUUGGAGCAGGCCAAGCUGCGUCUGGAGAUGGAGAUGGAGCGCCUGCGUCAAACACACUCCAAAGAGAUCGAGAGCAAAGAUGACGAGGUGGAGGAGAUCCGACAGUCCUGCAGCAAGAAGCUGAAGCAGAUUGAAGUCCAGCUGGAGGAGGAGUACGACGAGAAGCAGAAGGUGCUGAAGGAGAAGAGAGAGAUUGAGUCAAAGCUCCUGACUGCACAGGAUAAGGUGAGAGGAGGCGACGUAGAGACGGAGAAGCGUCUGAGGAAGGACCUGAAGAGAACCAAAGCUCUGCUCGCUGACGCUCAGAUCAUGUUGGACCACAUCAAGAACAACGCGCCCAGCAAGAGGGAGAUCGCCCAGCUCAAGAACCAGCUGGAGGAGUCUGAGUUUACCUGUGCGGCCGCAGUGAAAUCUCGCAAGUCCAUGGAGGUGGAGAUAGAAGAUCUGCACAUUCAGAUGGAGGACAUUUCCAAAACCAAACAGGCGCUGGAGGAGCAGCUGAGUCGUCUGCAGAGGGAGAAGAACGACCUGCAGUCCAGGAUGGAGGAGGACCAGGAGGACCUGAACGAGCUGAUGAAGAAACACAAAGCUGCCGUGGCCCAGUCGGCUCAGAACCUGGCUCAGAUCAGCGACCUUCAGGCCCAGCUGGAGGAGGCCCUCAAGGAGAAGCAGGAGGUCCAGGAGAAGAUGCAAGCGCUUCAGAGCCAGCUGGAGUUCCAGGAGCAGUCCAUGGUGGAGAAGUCUCUCGUCAGCAGGCAGGAGGCGAAGAACCGCGAGCUGGAGACCAAGCUGGAGUUUGAGAGGACCCAGGUCAAACGCCUGGAGACCCUUGUCGCUCGUCUGAAGGAGAACCUGGAGAAGCUGACGGAGGAGCGAGACCAGCGCAGCAGCAGCGAGAACCGAGAGAAGGAGCAGAACAAGCGUCUGCAGAGACAGAUCCGAGACAUCAAGGAGGAGACGAGUGAGCUUGCCAAAAAGGAAUCCGAGGCCAGCCGCAAGAAGCACGAGCUGGAAAUGGACAUUGAGAGCUUAGAGGCUGCUAAUCAGAGCCUGCAGGCGGACCUCAAGCUGGCCUUCAAGAGGAUCGGGGACCUCCAGGCCGCCAUCGAGGACGAGAUGGAGAGUGACGACAAUGAAGAUCUCAUCAACAGUUUGCAAGACAUGGUGACAAAGUAUCAGAAAAGACAGAACCGAACUCAGGGGGAUUCAGACACAGACUCUGAGCUGGAGGAUCGGGUGGAUGGGGUGAAGUCCUGGUUGUCCAAAAGCAAAGGUUCGGCCAAGAACCUUUCAGACGACGGCAGCCUCAAGAGCUCCAGCUCCACUGGCCGAAGACGCUACUGCUUCAAUGGAUCUGAUGAAGAAGAGGAAGAAGAAGAAAAAGAAGAGGGUGGGGCGACCCCAGGCUCUCACUACUCCAGACACCGAUACGGCAGCCAUGUGAAAGAUGACGACGGCGAGGACACGCCUCACGAGAGCACGUCGUAGUCCUCUCUCCGACUGCGCACACAUCACUCGUUCAUCUGAGACUGUUUGCAUGCAAAGGUCGACCAAAAGGUGUGGUCAGGCAGAAAUUCACAAUCCUGCAGGAAACAUUUAAACACUGUAGAUGCUCAAACACUCAGUCAGAUCCUCGCAGGAUUUGGUCAUAUUUGUUACAAAACCAAGAAACUCAUGCGUGACCUCACUGCACUCUCAGCAGCUCCGUUGUUAACGCCUGCUGGUUGCAUGCAUGCAGCAGUUUAACUCAAGUUAUCAUGGUCAUAACUGAGCCAAAGAACUCAAGGUUGCAGUGCUGAAAGAUUCUCUCUCCUUGUCUCUGUCUCUCUUCUUCAAAUAUAAUACACCACAAUAACAUGUAUUAGCAUUGUACAAUGUAUUUGCCAAAAAGCCUUUGUUAGAAUAUGUGUGCACACUCUUGUACUUAUUGUUAAUGGAGUCGUGGGAAAAGUCCCAGCCUUUUUGUUUCUUCUUCUUCUUUGUUCUUGGGGAUAAGUGCCAUUUGAUGUAAGUGGGCUCCUCCACAGCUGGCUCCUCUGCAGCUGCUGUUCUGUGCGCUGAACGCUUUCUCAUCUUCAUCUGCUCGCCUUUUGUUUGCCUGCAAAGUUUUUCUGCCUUUUGCUGGCAAAUUAUCUCCUCCUUCCAGGGGACGAGGAUUGCAUCGCUGACUGCUGCGAAGCUUUUUUUUUCUCCAUUUGAAUCUCUUGUUUUUGAUGUUUGACACUUUUUGUUUUGCAGAGGACUUUCCGUCAGGCUAAUUACUUUCCCUACGGUUUACCUCUGUAAAACACUUUGUCUUAUCUCUCUUUGACUAAAUACUCGGCAGAAUUCUUCAGUGAUGACAGGACUCUGUCCUCAUGCUUGUCCUUGUGCUUGUCAUCUGUGUUUUAACUAUGACGUGCUUUCCUUCUCUAAAGGGAAUGUACUUGAUGAUAUGCACCACUUAUUUAAUGGUUUCUCACUAAAACUUCAGAUCACAUGGCUUCCCAACCCAGCAUGUUAAAGGGACAGACCGGUGUUUUUCUACAUUUUUCAACUGGCAUCAAAUCACAUGGGAAGACCAAAAUGAAAAGAAAAAUGGAAUUCUCCUCUUCGGAAGUAUUUUGGAGAUUUUAUAGCAUGUGUCUGUCUUCUACACACCAUCAUGACCUUAAACCAUCUACUUUCAGCUUUUCAGAACAUACUGAUGGAAAAAGUGUUGGUACUUCCCAAAAUUCCCAAAAGCUCAGCUAGCUUCGUUGCUAACUUGACAUUGAGAUAUUUCAAAGUUUAUUUCAGAAACAUAUUUUUAUCCCCAAACCUUUUUCAAUAUCAGUCUGAAAAUCAUGACAGCAGUUAGUCCAGCAGCGCUUUUCAGCAUAACAAUGCUGAAUCUAAAGUUAUGGGGCUGUGUGUUCUGGUUUAGGUUUGUAGUCCGAGUACUAUCGACCAUAAGCAUUUCAGCAGCCUUUGGUUAUGUGCAGGCAAACAGUCUGUGUGUAGAGCAAAAAGGGCAGAACGACCUCCACCUAAAUGCAAUCAUUGAACACUUGGUGUUUAAACAGACAUCUACAUAGAAGUGCAUCUAAUGAUCAUCUCUUAGAGGUGUUUUCUCGACUUAAGUUGUUAGACUGUAAACAAAAAAUAAGAAUGAAAAGGGAAGUGUUAGCUGCUAACUGCUGGCUACACCCAAGUUGGCCACCUCGUGUGGAAAAAUUAAACCAAAUGAAGCGCAAAAACCUGCAGUUCCUCGUGUGACCAAUUUAGGCUUGCUGCAAAAUCCAAUACACACCCAUUCUAAAAUGCCCAUUUAAACAGCAGAAAUAAAGAUGUUCACAGCCUGGUACAAGAACCAAACUCAUCAGGUGCGUUGUUGCUUUUCACUAGGAGGCUCAAGGACCCUCCUCAGCUCAACUCUUUGCCUGUUACUAGGUCGACUGAAGGCUAGUUACAGACAGCAUUUCCAUUAUGGCGACCACCAUCAAAGUCUGUUUUAAAAACCAAUGGUUUAAGUAACUCUUGACUGUCUGAUGACUUAUCAUAAGUAGGUAGCCUACGAAAUCAGAGAUUGGUCAAAACAAAACUAGACACAGUCUCUAUUCAGAACUCUCUAGAAUUAAUCUCGCUCUGUUCACCGUUCCUUAUGAAAAGUGAAAAGCUGGAAUUAUGACGAUAGUUAUUGUCCUGUUGGCAUUAUUCAUUGAGUGUCUGACAUGUCAGCAAAUUGCGCCUUGGUCAGCGACCAAAAGCUAAAUCUGUGUUUUGUCAUUGGACCAAUGGAUGCUUGGAACAAACACAGGGUUCAACUCCGAAACAGUGUGAAACAAAUUGUCAAAGUUGGUUUCUACUUAGGCUAUCAGAGUAGAUUGGUAAGUUACACAAGUGAUUAAACCUACAUGUCAGUAACUUCAAAACUUCAAACCAGACGUUGCUUGGUUGUAAUUAUUGCCAAACCCGGUCUCUUAAAUUUGAAACUAUAACCUCAAAUUACUUGUGUAUUAGCACUAACUUGCCCCUGCUGCCUGGCACUUGCUGAAACCUGGAUAGUCAUAUGUUGAAGCCCUGGGCCUUGAGCUUUGCAAGCUGCAGUUUUGAACUUCUCAUUAGUGAGAGUGUGUCAGUCCUGCAGACGAAUCAGCUCAUCACAAUAAUUACCUGAAAUGAUUCUUUCCAUGUGUUUUUGGUGUGAAAAAGAAAGAUGUAGAAAAUCAGCAGCCUCGUUUUUAAAAAGCCUCAUUUUGGUACUCUAAGUGUAUCUUCAUGAACUGGACAUACUCCAUCCUGUUUAAUGAAUACUGUGAACUCAUGCUCUGUGUCUGUGAGGCAUGUCUGUCUGUCUGUUCAACCCGACGAGGCCUCUGAACAGCAAGAAAAAAAAAAAAAGGAGACCUACAUCUUCAUGGUCACUGACAUCCCUCCCUGUGGUCAUGUGUCUGUUGUUCACUGAGUGGCAUUACGCUGUGGUAAUGGUUUGAAAGCCAUUUCAAGUCCAAAAGUGCUUUUGGGGCUGAAAAAAAAAAAAGAGUAAAGUGGAUGUUGUUUGUUGUGGGAGACGUUGGGUGUGAAUCUUAUUACACAUGCUUUUUGUAGACUCUUCAUUUUUAUUCUCUAUGCAGUCGACACGUGUGGAAAUGUUUUUUUUGACCCUGAUGUGUCUGACUUCAACAAAACAAAAAAAUAAAAAAAACAGCAGACGUAAUAUCGCUGACUGCACACACUAUUUAUAUAUACAUGUGUAUGAUCCAUGCUAGCUUUGAAAAUAGUUCAUGUUUAUUUUCAUUAUUGAACAAAUUGACCACUUGUUAUAAAUUUUGCAUUACAGUUUAAUAUAUUGUAAAUAAAUGAUGGUGAUUGUUUUAAAAAGCC